GAUAUGAUAACCGAUGGAGGUUCCAACGGGAAAUUCACUCAACCCUUCAACGUAUAUGGGAUAAAAAUUGCAGUCAAUUACCACCACAACAAUUUCAUGAAGCAUUAAAACGUUGCAGGAAUGGUCUCUCUUGUUGGAAAUCGGAGCAUCAUCUCAAUUCACAAAAACAGAUCCAGCAAUUUCGUAUAGCCCUGCAAAAAGCGACUGAUCUGGAUCCUGUGCUGCAACAUAUUCAACCAAAAGUCACUGCAGAAAUGAACCAGCAGCUCACUAAGCCAGUAUCUGAAGAGGAGAUCUUUAAAGCUUUAGCUGCCAUGAAUGUAGACAAAGCUCCAGGACCUGACGGGUUCAAUGCAGGCUUCUACAAAUAUCAUUGGAAUACAAUUAAAUCAGGUGUGGUAAACUUCGUCAAAUAUUUUUUUCAAUCUGGUAAUCUUGACCCAGACAUAAACCACACUUACAUCUGCCUUGUCCCUAAGAUUGAAUCUCCUACGCAAGUCAAGGACUUUAGGCCAAUUAGCUUAUGCAACAUUGCAUAUAAACUAAUAUCUAAAGUCAUGGCAGAACGGCUUAAGCCUUGGUUACAUUGUUUAAUAUCAGAAUUUCAGUCUGCUUUCAUUCCGGGUCGCCUCAUCACAGACAAUGUAAUCAUUACUCAUGAGCUCCUGCAUUCGUUGUGUACUAAGAAAGUCAAAUCACCUUUCAUGGCUCUUAAACUAGACAUUGCUAAAGCUUUUGACAAGGUGGAAUGGAAUUAUUUGCUAUCUAUAUUGAGACGGCUUGGUUUUGCAGAGAGAUGGUGUCAAUGGAUAAUGAAAUGUGUUACCACAGUCACAUACUCAGUGCUUAUUAAUGGAUCUCCUUCUAAGAAGAUUAUCCCUAGCAGAGGACUGCGUCAAGGUGAUCCACUCUCACCAUAUCUCUAUUUGCUUUGUACAGAGGGCUUGUCUUCUCUAUUAGCCAAUGCAGUCCAUUUAAAGUCUAUUCAUGGAUUUAAAGCUAGCCGUAAUGGACCAGCAGUCUCACACAUGUUCUUUGCAGAUGAUUCUCUCCUUUUUUGUCAAGCAAAUGAACAAGAUUGUCAUCAAGUCCUACAACUGCUUCAAACUUAUGCUACUGCUUCCGGCCAGCAUAUUAAUUUCCAAAAAUCUGCCAUAUUAUUUGGUAAGAAUGUUCCUUCAACCACUCAAAAAGCUAUUAAAAGCCUCACUGGUAUUGAUAAAAUUGGAGGUUUUGGUCGUUAUUUGGGUUUACCAGAAGUUGUAGGCAGAAAUAAAUAUGAUGCUUUUGCUUAUAUAUCCCAGAGGGUUCAACAUAAGCUAGAUAAUUGGUACAAUCAGUUUCUAUCACAAGCUGGGAAGGAAGUAUUAAUUAAAUCUGUGGCAACUGCUCUGCCUACUUAUACAAUGUCUUGUUUCCUUCUGCCUAAGCGACUUAUCUCUCAAAUUACAGCUCAAAUACGACGCUUUUGGUGGUCUAGCAUUAAAGAUAAGCAGAAGAUCCCAUGGGUUGCAUGGAGCAAGCUCACCAUGAUGAAACAGUAUGGAGGCAUGGGCUUUAGAGAUCUUUCUCAUUUCAAUAUUGCUCUAUUGGCAAAGCAAAGUUGGCGUUUGUUAAAGGAACCUCAGUCUUUACUCUCCCGUGUUCUUAAAGCAAAAUAUUUCCCCAAAGCUUCUCUGCUGGAAGCCACAGCUGGCCACCGCCCAAGUCAUGCCUGGCGUAGUAUAGUGCAAGUUUCAGGACUCAUGAAGCCAGGCACAUCAUCUUGGGAUGAUGAGAAGCUACAGGAGAUAAUUUGUCCUCAAGACACUCAGCUUAUUAGGAGAAUACGAUUGAGGCUCCUUAAAGGCCCUGAUAUUCCUACAUGGAUAUUUACUAAAGAUGGCCAGUAUACUGUCAAGUCUGGAUACCAUCAACUAUCAAAGCCACAUCCAUACUGUUCCACAGUUUCAGCCCAACUCCAAGGUUUGUGUAAAAAAAUUUGGGCUUUACAUUUGCCACCAAAACUAAAACAUUUCUGGUGGAGAAUGCUUCAUAAUGCCAUCCAUGUUGCAGCGAAUAUUGCUCGUAGGCGCAUCCAAAUCUCCCCAGACUGCCUUUUUUGUGGUGAUGCUGCUGAAACCGUUCCCCACCUUUUCUUCCAAUGUCGGUUAGCAAAAGAGAUUUGGGAGCUAUCACCUUUACAAAUAUCAUCAGGUCAGUAUGAGGAAGCUUCACUUUUUGAUAUCAUAUCUGGUCUGUUACAGUCCAGAGGUGCUGGGGAAUCCAAGGAAUCUUUAUUCCCUUACAUUGGUUGGCGCAUAUGGAAAGCCCGGAAUGACCUUCUCUAUAACCAUAAGAGAUGGGCUAUCCCUGACAUUAUUCGACAAUCUAUUAUGGAUUUUGAAUUGUGGAAAGAAGCUCAAAAUGCUAAUAUUGCUCAAAAUCACACUCACAAUAAAGGCACCAAGCUACAAAAUCAACAGCGCCCCUACGACCGGCCAGCUAAUUCGUUUUUCUCUUGUUAUACAGAUGGUUCUUGGCUGGAUCCCAAUAGCAGAGCAGGCAUUGGUUGGGCCCUCUUUAAUGAAAAAGGACGCUGCAUUCUAAAAGGAUCCUCAUCCAUUGAUCCUACUAAUUCAGCUUUGGAAGCUGAAGCCAUUGCGCUGAGAGAAGCCCUCUUCCAGAUAAAACGACUCAAUUACCAAAAUGUCACUUUCUAUGGUGAUUCUAGUACGCUAUACAAUUAUUUGGAGGAGUCAGCUACACAAAAUCAACGAAAUCCUGGGCCAUUGGAGAUUCAAGGAUAUCUUGAAGAUAUAUUGGCUAUGGCGAAGAGUUCUUAUGAUUUCAAGUGCGUCGGUCGACAAGUCAAUACCAUAGCCGACACGCUAGCUCGCAAAGCUAGGCAACAAAACUUACCAUUUGUUAUCUCGUGGAUCCAUUAAAUGUAUGUCUUAAAUUUGUAAACCGAACACUAUUAUGUAAUUUCGUUUCUCACCUAAUGGAAAA